AUGAUGGUGGAUUCUGGUGCUUCUGCUGAAGGAUCUAUGUUUGAUAUUUUACCAGAGAAGGGUGAUGAUGGUGGCUAUGCUAGUGGAGGAUGGAAGAGUGAAGAUGGUACAUUAAGUUGCGGAUAUUCCAGCUUCAGAGGAAAGAGGGUUAGCAUGGAAGACUUUUAUGACAUCAAGUCUUCUAAGGUUGACGGCCUGGCAGUCUGUCUCUUCGGCAUAUUUGAUGGUCAUGGUGGUGCUCGUGCUGCGGAAUAUUUGAAGGAACAUCUCUUUGAGAAUCUCCUGAAACACCCAGAGUUUAUUGCAAAUACGAAAUUGGCCAUAAGUGAAACAUAUCAGCAAACUGAUAGGGACUUUUUAGAUUCUGAAAAGGAAACCUUUCGAGAUGAUGGGUCAACUGCUUCAGCAGCAGUUCUUGUCGGCAAUCACCUAUAUGUUGCUAAUGUUGGUGAUUCUCGAACUAUUAUAUCAAAGGCUGGGAAAGCAAUCCCGCUAUCAGAAGAUCACAAACCAAAUAGAAGUGAUGAGAGAAAGAGAAUUGAAAGUGCUGGAGGUGUUGUCAUGUGGACAGGUACUUGGAGGGUUGGAGGUGUCUUGGCCAUGUCUCGUGCUUUUGGCAAUCGCAUGCUUAAACAGUUUGUUGUGGCUGAGCCUGAGAUUCAGGACCUGGAGGUUGACGAAAACCUUGACUUGCUUGUUCUUGCCAGUGAUGGACUUUGGGAUGUUGUACCUAAUGAGGAUGCCGUCUCGAUAGCACAAAGCGAGGACGACCCUGAAGGCGCUGCUAGGAAACUGACCGAGACUGCUUUCACUCGUGGAAGUGCCGAUAAUAUCACGUGCAUUGUUGUCAAGUUCCACCAUGCCAAAGCAGCGAGUCUUGUGGAAGCCCAACAACAAAUUCUGGAGUCCAAUCCUCAACCAGAGGAAUCCCAUGAAGACAGCAAACUAAACCCCAACGAGCCUGAGGAAGCCCCUGAGACCUCAAAAGCAGACCCCGAGGAAGCCUAUCAGACUUCCAAAGUGGAUCCUGGAGAAACUGACUCCAGAUCAAAGAGAGGGCGAUUCUGUUUUUUCCACGGUGAUUCAUCGGUGUUGGGUGGCGGUUGGAUGGGGGGAUUUGGGGUGGACAGUCCGACUUCCUUCACCGUGCUCCUUUUCUUCCUGGUGUUGGACGAAGGGGUCGGCAGUCGUGGCCAGACCUCAGUCUGGGUUGUAGUGAUUUGGGCCUGUCAAUGCUGUCGACUGCUUGGAAAAGGCGAACCUGCCGCAGCUCCGGCCAAAAACUCCGACCCGCCACCCCGGCCCGGAAAACCCAAACUCCGGCUACUGUUGAUCUCAACGGCCGCGCUGCUAGUGGCGGUGGCCGUCUCCGCCGCGAUUGGGGCCGUGGUCGUCCGCAGCAGAGGCGGCGGAGGUGGGCGGCUCCGGCCGUCGCGGGCCAUGUCGCGGGCGUGCGGGAGGACGCGGUUCCCGGCACUGUGCGUGGACUCGCUGCUCCAUUUUCCUGGGGCGGCGGAGGCCUCCGAGGAGGAGCUCGUCCAUAUCUCCGUCAAUAUGACGCUGCAGAAAGUGGGCCGAGCGCUGUACUCCGCCUCCGGGAUCAACAAUCUCGACAUGGAUCCUCAUGCCAGGUCGGCCUACAAGGACUGCCUGGAGCUACUCGACGACUCGGUGGACCUCCUAACCCGCUCCCUCAGCUCAGUCUCGGCCGGGUUGACUCAGGACGUGCUGACCUGGCUUAGCGCGGCCUUGACCAACCAGGACACCUGCACGGAAGGCCUCGACGAGAUCCAAAACGGCGUCGUCAAGGACCAAAUGUCCGACCGGCUCAAGGAUCUCUCCGAGAUCGUGAGCAACUCCCUUUCCAUAUACGCCGCCGGAGACGACUUCUCCGGAGUACCGAUCCAGAACCGCCGUUUGAUGAGCGAGGAAAGGGGGCGGCAAGAUUUUCCGAUCUGGCUAUCCCGGCGAGACCGGGCGCUUCUGGAUUUGGCGCCGGCGGCGAUCGGUGCAGACAUAGUCGUGUCGAAGGACGGCGGCAACGGCACCGUGAAGACGAUAUCGGAGGCUAUCAAGAAGGCACCGGAGCACAGUAGUCGAAGAUUCAUCAUUCACGUGAGGGCAGGAAGGUAUGAGGAGAAAGAGCUGAAGUUGGGGAGGAAGAAGACAAAUAUAAUGCUCAUUGGGGAUGGGAAGGGCAAAACAGUCAUUACAGAUUUUGAUGUCUUUCUCCUUCGAUGGGGGUACGCGGCGUCGCUUCCGCGGUGCGCGCUUCACCAAGGCUUUGCUUUUGGUUCUUCGUUGAGUCGUGGCUCUAGCAGCUAG